CUCCGCAGAAGCGAGGUGUCGGCCGUGACUAACCCCUCCGAGAGCCGCUGCGCACUCGGUGUUCUAUCCGCUCUCGGGGCUCCCCUAGUCGGGGCAUGCCCGGCCAUGGUCGACUUAAAUAGCGGCUGGAACCUGUCUUUUGCCGGGUGCGGCUUUCUGGGGAUCUAUCACAUCGGAGUUGCCAGCUGCCUGCUAGAGAAAGCGCCCUACCUCCUCACAGGGGCCACCAAGCUGUACGGGGCUUCCGCCGGCGCUCUGACCGCCUCGGUGCUCGCCAGCCAGGCGUCCAUAACCAAAUGUUGCGAAGAUGUGAUUGGGGUGGCGAAGGAGGCCAGGAAGAGGAACCUGGGCCCCCUUCACCCCACCUUCAACCUGCUCAAGGUGUUAAGGACCGGCCUGGAUCGGGAUCUGCCCUCCGACGCUCACAUCCGGGUUUCGGGGCGUCUGUGCGUUUCGCUCACCAGAGUGUCUGACGGGGAGAACGUGCUGGUGACGGAGUUUAGCUCCAAAGAGGAACUCAUCCAGGCACUGAUCUGCAGCUGCUUCAUUCCGGUCUACUGCGGGCUGAUCCCCCCAUCCUUCAGAGGAGUGCGCUACGUGGACGGUGGGAUGAGCAACAACAUGCCACAGUCAGAGCUGAAGAACACCAUCACCAUCUCACCCUUCUCGGGCGAGUGUGACAUCUGUCCCCGCGACAACUCCACCAGCUUCCACGAGCUGCGCUUCACCAACACCAGCAUCCAGAUGAACCUGGGCAACAUGUACCGCCUCAGCAGGGCGCUGUUUCCACCGGAACCCAAGGUACUGGCUGAGAUGUGUCAGAGCGGUUAUAAGGAUGCCAUGCGUUUCCUUGAAGAAAACAACCUGCUGAUGCCGGAUCGGCCGACCUCGGGCCCCGCCCUGCCGGAGAGCCCGUCCCCUUGCUGCUGCAAGCACACGGAAACCACCAAGGAGUGGGUGCUCCGGAGGCUCCGCCUACUGCGCAAACAGCACUGGUGGUUGGACGAGCAGAUGGUCCUGCCCACGCCCAUUAAGAAAGUGUUCUGCGAGGCCUGCCAAGACACACCUGGCCUGUAUGCCAAGGUGUCCCAGAUGCUGCCUGUGAGAGUGGCCUCCUACAUGCUCAUGCCAUACACACUUCCUGUACAGUCGGCCUACUCAGUGGCCCAGAGGUUUGUGGAGUGGAUCCCAGAGGUGCCGGCCGAUAUGCGCUGGCUGUUUGGGGUGGCAGGUGACAUGUACCAACAAGCCUGGAAAGGAGCUCCAAUCAACUCCCUCAGUGAGCCGGGCCUGAGGAAAUGCUUGAGUGCACCGCCGCUCUCCACGGAGUGUGAUAAGCCCAUGCAGAGAGACAACCUGCCUGCUCUCUCCUCCCUGGACCUCCACGGCAGCUACUGGGAGAUCCCCGAAUCUACCUCCUCCUCUUUCUCCUCCUCCUCCUCCUCCUCCUCAUACCACCAUCAUCCUCCUCACAUCACCCCCUCCUCUCCGCAGCAGGUCUGCUUCUUUGUCGGCUCGCAGGAUGAACCUAACGGCUAUGCGCAGCAGUAAAACGAUUCAGGGACCGCACUUUGACAAUGACGGGGACGGAUUUUCAACAUCGGGUGCUAAAAUUUGAAACAAUGAGCAAUGGUGCGUACAUGUCUCAAGGAGACACACAUUUAUCUCUGACUCCGAACACUCCAGGCAGCACAACUGUUAUAUUUUACCUAGUGCUCUGGAACUCACUCAGGAUCACAGAUGUGUUUUGUGGGACUGUUUUCAUGUACAGCACAGAGACGCGUCUAGUUUUAUACGCUAACUACAACGCUACCUACCAGUAGCAUUCAUUCCUCAUUCCAAUACAGUUUACUGUCUGUUGAUGUUCACAUUUUUGUGAUAUCUCCAGGCGCCCUACGGGCCCUUUUUAGGUGACAAGAUGCAAUGUCUUGCAGCCAUGUUGGACGUCUGCAGGCCUCGUUUCUAAUCAUAUUUAAUCUAGCCAGAAAAGGUCGAGGCUAAUCUUAAUUUCUACACCACAAAUCUAACCAGUUUGAAAAGCUGACGUGGCUACAGCUGGAGCUCGGCACUGCUGCCGAUAAAAAAUGAUGGCCAAAGCCACAAGAAGAUGUAAUAAACUUAAGUGUCCUUGAAAGUGAGAUGAUGUCAAAGACUGAACUCUAAAUAUUGAGACCAAUAUGACCAAGUCACUUUACUCACAGAUCACUAACUCUAUUGGCUCUUCUCAUAUCCCGAUUUUGCACCUCCUCAUCUCCUCGCUCCUCCGAUUUGUGACCAGGAAAUUUAUCUCAGCGCCCUAUCUUAGAGGGCGUCCCAAAUUCUUAAAUGCAUCUCAAGGAGCGAGGAGGCCGGAUGAGCUAUGAGCGUGGCCUGUUGCCUCGCAUCUCUUCCCCCCAUCACUUAUCCCUUGAAUGUAAAGUUAUAUUAUUGCACUGUGAUAUUCUCUUAUGAUUAAACCAUAUUUAAAAUUGAUUGUUUUGUUUAAUGGAGUGUCCUGCACCUGCACCAAGUGGUGACACAACAAUAUGCCAGUAUGUGGAUAUGGUGGAUAUUGAGAAUUCGUUCCCCAGAAUGGGUCGGGACAAACACGAAGGUCGCAGGGGAUUUUAUUAAGGUGGCUAGAAUCAGAAUUUCUUCCCUGGUCUUUUAUUUAACAUUAAUAUCUGCAGUUGACCUUCGAGUCACAUCGGGGAACCUAAAUGUUUGUAUUGUUCUGAUAAGUGGAGUCUACUAAUAAGAUUGAAUCUAAUUUGAAAGGCAAAGGCUGUUUAAUUUAGUGAUGAGAGGUUAUUAAAAGAAUGAGAUCGCCUGUUAACGCCACCUAAAUGCAUUUAUGGUUUAUUUUAUAAAGCAUUUAACAUGUGUCAUGUUUUCAAAUGACACAUGCAUCAAACAAAGUUGUUAUUUAUCAAACAUAAAUGUCUUCAAGAUGAUAUGAGGUGAUGCCGAAAUGGCAGUCAAAAUUUUCGUCAUUUUCUUUGAUAUUUAUAAAUUUAAAUAUUACUUACACUUUGAUUGCGAUCAUUGAAGAAAAUAGACCGGAUAGUGACUCUCACCCGAUACGUCAGAACCAGGCCAAUAGCGGCUAGCGCUGAGGUCAAGGUUAAUAAUUUACCAUAAC